AUGAAUGUAAUCAGAAUCACUCGCGCGGCUGCCAGAGCGCGCCCUUCAAUUUCUCGAAUAGCUUCUCAGCGACGAGGAUAUGCGGAUCCCGUCUCGGACAAGAUUCAAUUGACACUGGCCCUCCCACACCAAUCGAUCUACAAAUCUACGGACUUCCUCCAUCUUGGCAACCUGACGGUCGCUGAUCAGUCUACCAUCCGCUAUAGUGUGCAAGUGAACAUACCCGCUGAGUCUGGAGAAAUGGGUGUCCUGGCCAAUCACGUCCCUUCGAUCGAACAAUUGAAACCGGGUCUCGUGGAAAUCAUAGAAGAAAGCGGUGGAAGCAAGCAAUUUUUCUUGUCUGGAGGCUUCGCCAUCGUCCAACCGGGCUCGCAGCUCAGUAUUAAUGCGGUUGAAGGUUUUCCCCUCGAGGAAUUUAGCUCUGAUGCUGUCCGCUCCCAAAUCACAGAAGCACAAAAGAUAGCCAAUGGUAGCGGAAGUGAGCAGGACAUUGCAGAAGCAAAGAUCGAACUAGAAGUACAAGAAUUCUUGAUUCUGCAACUAUCCAGUGUGCUGACACCAGGCAGGUCCUCGAGAGCUUGCAAUCACCCGAAAGGUGGCGACGUCUUUCACCUAAAGAAAGACUUGUCCGACAGUACAGAUAAUUCCCCACAAACAUCUUCGUGCAAUUUCCCGGAGCCCUUCAACAAGGACCAUUCAUUAUCAAAGCCAGAGCUCUUUGAAGAAUGUCACGAAGCCAGCACACCUAGUACGCUACACUCAUUGCCUACAGCGAAUUCAAGGGAAGACUUUGUCGCCGGUCCUCUGGUCUCAGAAUCACCUUCGCUGUACCAAGAGGUAAGUUCUUGGCCUGCCACAUCCCAAGGAUCAGGAGACGUGGGAACCGCGUCAACCUCAGAAGAGGAGCUAGGCAAUUUGAUCAACAGGCUUAUUGGCACAAAAAGGUCCGACGAGAUGGGUGACUUAUGUGGUACAGACCCUCACGGAACAGCUGUCGUGUGUCAGGGUUUUGCUGCGGACGCCGGUCGCAAUUCAUUCUUAAAGAUCGACAGGCCUGACUCUAAACCUAAAGAAUCCAAUUAUUCAAGUCGCCAUGAGAACGGCGGCUCAGAAGAUGAUCUACUCCUUCUCACUCGGUUGCGACCGCUGGAAGGCUCGUCUAUGACAUCUAGUAGUAGGUCUCAAUCCAGCGGGCUCCCAGGCCAGCGAGCUAGAACGGACAAGGAGAGACGAAGUUCCACGGUCGACACUUUGCUUCAAGGUGGCUCGUUGGAUGCCACCGCUACUAAUGCAAAACCUUUUCCUUCGAUUUUCUCACCAUUUAGUGAGCCUAUGGACCUAGAGAGCAAGUCUAAGGUGUACCUUAAUGGCAAGUCUCCCAAAGUAAAGGGCAACUCAAAGAGAGUGAGGAAGCAAGGAUCACAAACAAAUGAGCCAUUCAGCGAAGCAGCAGAAGACCUGCCAGUGGAAGCGACCCUACAGUCUACUAUUGGAAGUCAUGGUGAGCAAUCGCCAGAACAUUCCUCUCGUAUGCAACCACCACCCAGAAAUGUAGCAAUGCAAUCCGACCAGGAGCCUCUAUCAUAUAUGCAUAAUCCUACUAGAGCUAGAAAAUUGUCAAAGUUGAAAAUAGAAGACGUCACACAAGACGACCGAGGAAUCAGAAGGUUACGAAUUGUGGUAAGCAUGGAUGGCCCAGACAACCUGGUCAUUCAGGCAGAGUUGCUCAAUAAAAUCUCAAUGUCGACGACGAGUGAGAAUGAUGGUAAGAAAGCCACAGAUGAGUAG